AAAUUUCUAUUAAACGUAUCAACACUUUCAAUCUAGUCGUUCACUUUCAAUAAAAUAUCAUCUUAUGUCAUGCGCAAAUAUCAAAAUUUAAGUAAUUGUCAAAUUCUCUAAUUCUCUAUACUAAAUAACCAUUUUUCAUCAAAAUUUAAACCAUGUCUUGUCAAAAGAAAGUAUCUGAUGGAAACAAGAACAUAAAGAGCAUUUAUGCAAGAAGUAUUUUUGAUUCAAGAGGUAAUCCUACCGUGGAAGUUGAUCUUAAAACAGAUGUAGGUAUGUUUAGAGCUGCUGUUCCCUCCGGCGCCAGUACUGGAGUACACGAAGCUUUAGAACUCAGAGAUGGCACCAAAAACUUGUAUCAUGGUAAAAGCGUUUUUAAAGCGAUUGAAAAUAUCAACGAUAUAAUCGCGCCGGCUCUUCUGGAAAAAGAUUUCGAUGUACUUGAACAAGAAACGAUAGAUAAGUUCAUGAUAGAUCUCGAUGGUACUGAAAAUAAGUCUAAAUUAGGAGCGAACGCGAUAUUAGGAGUGUCUUUGGCCAUUUGUAAAGCCGGAGCUGCUAAAAAAGGUAUUCCUCUGUAUAAACAUAUAGCCCAGUUAGCUGGCAAUAAAAAUCUCAUUCUUCCUGUUCCUGCUUUCAAUGUUAUUAACGGCGGAUCUCAUGCUGGAAACAAAUUAGCUAUGCAAGAGUUUAUGAUACUUCCUACUGGAGCUACUUCGUUUACAGAAGCGAUGCGCAUGGGAAGCGAAACCUAUCACCAUUUGAAGAAAGUCAUUCAUGAAAAAUUCGGUUUAGAUGCCACUGCUGUAGGUGAUGAAGGAGGGUUUGCUCCAAAUAUAGACAGUGCGGAGGAUGCUUUACAACUAAUAGCAACUGCUAUUGACAAGGCCGGAUAUACGGGAAAGAUAGAAAUCGGUAUGGACGUGGCAGCUUCUGAAUUUUUCAAAGAUGGUUUAUAUGAUUUAGACUUCAAAAAUCCAAAUUCAGACAAGUCCAAAUGGAUUGAUGGUAAUACUCUAUUCCAAACGUAUCAGUCGUUUAUAAAUAAGUUUCCUAUAGUAUCUAUUGAAGAUCCAUUCGAUCAAGACGACUUUCCCACUUGGAAACAAAUGACUUCUAGUGUCCAAAUCCAAAUUGUAGGUGAUGAUCUUACCGUUACUAACCCAAAGAGGAUUCAAAUGGCAGUAGACGCUGGCGCUUGUAACUGUUUGCUAUUGAAAGUUAACCAAAUUGGAUCCGUUACCGAGUCAAUACAAGCACAUCAAUUAGCAAAAAGUAACGGAUGGGGUACAAUGGUAUCACACAGAUCGGGAGAAACCGAAGAUACUUUUAUAGCCGAUUUAGUGGUAGGGUUGUCAACUGGGCAAAUUAAAACCGGAGCACCUUGCAGAUCCGAACGUCUUGCUAAAUAUAAUCAGAUAUUGAGAAUCGAGGAAGAGCUAUGUAAAUCAGCGAAAUAUGCCGGCAAGGAUUUCAGAAAUCCAAAUUGAAAAUGACAUGAUAUGCAUCACUUUUUUAACUUUCUCGUUUAUUACAAUUUUGGAAGAAUAAAAAGAUUCGUAUAUAAUUUUUUUUAUUUUUAAAUUUAACGUAACAAUUGAAAAAAAAAUAAGCAUUAUAAUUUCAGUUAAAACAAAGAUAUUCCAAAUUUGAGGUUUUGAUCGGAGUGAUGCUCUUUCCACAAACUUUCUAGUUGUUGUUAGUUUAGUGUUGUGAAAUUAUUGAGAUCUAGAAGGGAAUUCAAAAAUAAUCACCAAAGUAUAGUCGCAAAACAAUUAACAGAGGUAGAAAGUAGUGGUAAACUCUUUGAAAGGUUGAAAAUAAUUUUUUAUUAUAAAGAGUAUAGUCUAAAAAAAGCAUGAAAUUCAAAUAAGGAAGGUGAAGGAUAAUGAUAACAAAUGCUGAAGGAUGAGAUUAGGUAUUGAAUAAUAAAAGACAAUAGCAGUAUAAAAUAGUGAUAAAUUUCUUUAAUUUCUUAUAUCUUUUGAUGUGUUUGUGAUUCUAAAUCUUAAGUCUCUUCUGAUUUAUAAUUAAUUAUUAGACAGAAAAAAAUUUUACGUUUCGACUUGUUGCGAUCUUUAUGAAAAUAUUAAACUUUUGACUAUAUUUAUUUUUUUAAAUUAUUCAUCAGAUCAAAAAAAAUAUGCUGUUUGAAAGAAAAUUUAAUAUGCUUUAAUAUGUAUAUAAAUUUAUGAAAAGUUAUAUCGACUUCCUAUGUUUAACAUGAAAUUAAAGUAUUAAGUGAAAUAAUUAUUUUUAUCAUUAAUAUAAAUGGGGUUAUUGAUAAUUUAAAACUUAACAUUUAAUCUCUUUAAUAAUGGGUAUGACCUCCUCUUGCCCUAAUAACAUCUCUCAUACGAUUAGGCAUAAAUCUAAUCAAGUUAGUUGUGAGAUGUUAAGCACUCUUUUUCUACUGCAAUAAAUGUUCUAUCGGAUUUAGGUCAGGACUGUAUACUGGCCACUUCGUAACCCGUAAGCCGACUUCUGCAAUGUAUUCUUGCACGAUUCUGGCGGUGUGCGGCCAUGCAUAAAGGUAAUCUCCAAUGUAGUCGACGUAAGGUACCAGAUGAAUUGAUAAAAUCUUCACGAUUGCCUCUACGAAUGAACACAGAGUCGGUUCGUGCUCCAAUAGAAAUGGCACCCCAGAUCAUGCACAGAACAGAUUCCCAUUGUUCCAACGUCCAAUUCAGAUAAUUCUAUGCAAAACGCUAAAGUUUUGGACCUAUCGCAGGUGUUUUAGGGGUCCGGUUAUUUUCCUACACUCUUCGUCUUGCUUUCCACUGACUAAU